UCGUGGUAAAGCCGUAAAGGCGAGAGUUGGUUCAGUCUGCGUCGAGAUCGCGUACAGUACGGCCACACAUCGAUUCCGUCUCUCUUCACAUUUUUUCCCACCGUCUUCUAUCUUUAGAUUGACAAAUAGAAAACAUUUGGAAAAAAAGACGAGUAGAAGAAAAUUAAAAAAGUUCCAUGUGUGUGUGAAUUGACCCCCUUUUUUUCGUGCGUGGCAAGUUUUGAGAAGUUGUGUGUGUGUGACGAGUUGGUCGACAUUGUAAGUGAACGUGUUGAGAGACAUCAGCAGACAGAAAAAGUGUUUGGGAAAUAUUGGAAGAACCUGCUGACCUUAUUGUUACUUUCCAUUUUCGUACGGAUAUUUCUUUUUUUGAACCUCCGAGACUUGCAAAUCCUCGCGGCGACAAGAGAAGUUGACUCUGCAUCAUCAAAUGACGACUGUCCGUGAUCAAGCACAUCAGAUGUUUUGAUUGGAGGCAGCGCGUCGCGCCCUUUUGGAUUUUUUCCUUUUAUCUUUUCAUCCCGACUUGUUUUGCUGCUGCUUCUUCCACCCCUUGGAUUUCUGAUUGCCCCUGAAGAAGGCCGCGCCGUACCCAAAAGAAGAUGGACCGGAUACUCUUGUUGUCUGCCUUGAUCCUGUUUGCCGCCUCAGUCAAUCGCGCCGCACCGACACAGCAGCGACAUGAAGAAGUGGAAGUCUACGAAGGAGACACGGUCAAGUACGAUUGUCCGUCUGGACUAACUCAACUGGCUGGCCAUGGUGUCGAAUGGUACCACAACGACGUCCGAGUGGAUCCCCGCCAGCACUCACGCAUUCGAUAUGCCAAAAAGAAGAAUUCAAUCACCAUAACAUUCGUCGAGUCUAGCGAUGGAGGAGCCUGGUCUAUCCGCCCCAAAAGCGUCCGAUUGAUGGAUCCAGCUCCUAAAAUGACCCCUUGGUGUAACUUCACCGUCAUCGUCAAGAUGGACGAUGAUGAUGUCGAUGCCACAGCCGCCGAAGAGUUGCAGAGCGACCAGGCCGAUGACGACUACCAUCCGCACUUGUUUAGCACGCCAUCGCUUCAUCCCGAAGAGGAAGAAAGUGAUUUCCCAAUGGCUGACGACGACGUCUCGGGUUCCACCACUUUGGCCGCUGACGGUAAGCCUCAGUCUCCGAGUUUCAUCCGCAUCAAGAAAAUGGAAGCCUUCAUGUCUCAAGUGAAGCCUGCCGGAUCCACCGUCACUUACAAGUGCCCAGCUGAUGGAUACCCCAAACCGGAGAUAGUGUGGACGAAGGACGGCGGUCCGAUCAAACGCCACCUGGGCUCGGCCAAGUUGCAAAAAUGGUCGCUGGAGCUGGAGGAGGCCACCACCUACGAUUCGGGAAACUACACUUGCACCGUGUCCAACUCGCACGGCUCCGUCUCGUUUACUUUCAAACUUCUCAUUCAAGAACGUUUCCCGCAUAAGCCGCUCAUCAUGGAAAUGCACAAUUCGACGGUGUCGAUUGGCGGGACGGUGUCAUUUGAAUGCCGCGUCAUUUCCGACUUGACACCGUACGUCCAGUGGUACAGGCACUUCACGGACGACAACGGCUCCUUCGUCAACGACACGACAGGCACUCCUAUCGGCAAUGCUCUGCAGUUGGAUGAAGACGGCGAGGUAAAUAACGAUCAUCAAGUGCUGCGACUAGAGAACGUGACUAAAGAGGAUGCCGGAUGGUACACGUGCAUGGCCGGCAACAGUUUGGGCAUGUCAUACCGCAGCGCUUGGCUCACUGUCGUGGACCCAGAAGAGGAAUCACCGUCCAUCGAUCAUUUAUUGGAAGGAGGUCUCCAUCAUCUACAAGAUCAGAAAGUAGUGAUUAUCUUGGCUUCCGUCCUCGGCUCAAUCGUGCUGGCCUUUGUCGUUCUCUUUGCCAUUGCUUUCCGCAAAAGAUACAGUCGUCAAAAACGCAACAAGUUCAUGGCCCUGGAAACAGCUCACUGCAUUGCGCCCUGUACCAAAAAAGUGAUUAUUGAGCAACGUUCGGCCGUCAAUGGCGUUGGUGGGGGAAUUCACGAGCCGCUGCUCUUUCCCGUCAUCAAAAUCGAGAAGCAUCGUUCAAGGCUGGGCACGGACAUUGGAUCCGUUUCUGAAUACGAAUUACCUCUGGAUACGCGAUGGGAAUUUCCGCGCCAAGACCUGCAAUUGGGAAAAUCGCUGGGCGAAGGAGCUUUCGGCCAUGUGGUUCAGGCUCAGGCCAACGGAAUUAUUGAAAAGAACUCUGUCUCGACUGUCGCUGUCAAAAUGCUCAAAGAAGGCCACACGGACACGGAAUUGAUGGAUCUCGUCUCCGAAAUGGAGAUGAUGAAGAUGAUCGGUACACACGUCAAUAUUCUCAAUCUGCUCGGUUGCUGCACUCAGGAUGGUCCGCUAUACGUCAUCGUGGAAUUUGCUCCGCACGGCAAUUUGCGUGACUUUUUACGCCAACAUCGCCCCAGUUCUGGAUAUGAGCGCGCCAUUGGACAACUAGGAUGGAAGCUUGGUAAUACGUCAUACGAACACCCGAUUGAGUUUAACAGCACUGGUCGAAUGGGUCAGGACACUCUGACGCACAAAGAUCUCAUCUCGUUCGCUUACCAAGUGGCCCGUGGAAUGGAUUACCUUGAAUCGAAAAAGUGUAUUCACCGCGACUUAGCCGCCAGGAACGUGUUGGUCAGCGAAGAUUGCGUCCUGAAGAUUGCCGAUUUUGGUUUGGCCCGCGACGUGCACAUGCACGAGUAUUAUCGCAAGACGACUGAUGGCCGCCUGCCUGUCAAGUGGAUGGCGCCAGAAGCUUUGUUUCAGCGCGUCUACACAAGCCAGUCGGACGUCUGGUCUUUCGGCAUUCUCCUCUGGGAGAUUAUGACCCUGGGCGGCACGCCUUAUCCGUCUGUACCCAAUAUCGAGCGACUCUUCCAGCUCUUGCGCGACGGCCAUCGCAUGGAGAAGCCAGUAUCUUGCUCACUUGAAGUGUAUUUGCUGAUGCGUGAAUGCUGGCAAUACAAUCCCAUGGAGCGGCCCACUUUCAGCGAAUUGGUUGAAGAUUUAGAAAGAAUCUUGAAACUCACUUCAAAUGAGGAAUAUUUGGAGUUGGGUUUUGAAUCUCCCGAGACACCGCCCAGCAGUCGCGAAAAUUCAGAUUGUCGAACGCAGUUUGUCGUCUCGACGGUCUGAUUACCCUUUCUUCCUUCCUUCUAAAAGAAAUCUGCCUUCCCUUUCCAACUUUCUUUUGCUUGGCCUAUUCCGCCACCGUCUUCUCCAGCCUUUUUCUGCCGAUUAGGGCGGUCUAUGGAUGAGACUCCCUGAACUCCGACGCCAAAUGAGAAGGAGGAAGCAAAGAAGAGGAAGAAGAGAACGCCAACAUCGAUAUAAAAAAAUGCUGAGAAACGGCGUGACCACCUAUGACCUGCAGAAAUUUUACUGAUGUUACCACCAUCAGGUUGAGCACUCACUCGACUGUCUGCGAUCAAAUCAAUUUCCGGCGUACUACGCCCCCUAACCUUCAAGGAGCACAGCUUCACUUAAAAGUGCGUCGCGUUCUACGGAUGUGCGCCUACCAACUUAGUAAAAAAUAACGUUCCAAGUUGGGCGUGCCAUGUGGAAACGUGCCUUGCAUGAUGAACAAAAGUUGCAAAUCGAAAAGGCUCGAGUGGUUUAGUCUCAGGAAAGGAAGAAAGAAGAUGGGAAAGGUUAAAAACGAAGAAAGGAAAAAUAAAAGAGUAAUUUUUGUGCUGACCAACUGCUUGCUGGAUUCAAAGUUUUGCCCGGAUUCGACGAGAACCAUCUAGCGUCCAGUCUAUUCUCUACCCAAUUUCCAAACAAAUUUGGAAGAAGAUGGAAAUGAAAAAAAAAAAGAAUUCUCUCUCGUGCCUUCUCAAUACGCAAUUAAUGUGUAUGUGGUGAUCCCGUUCUCAAAUCGCGCGCGGUGGACACGCAUUCAUUCAGUGCGUUGAUUUUAGUUGUUUGAUUUUGUUUUUUCCCCAUUUUUUUUUGCAACUCCUAGUCACACGUUUGUUCAUUUAUGAGAGCCUGAUUGAUUCAAGAAAUGGGAGGAAAAAAAACCGCAUUCGAGUCAGCAUUCGUUCGAUGUCUGAACUUGGGCUUUCUGUUGCAUCAACAUACAUUACAUAAACAUAGAAAUUUCGAUUGUCAAUUGAAUCAUCAUUUUAUAUUAUACAUAAAAACUCUGGCCUCGAAAAAGGUCCGUCGACCGUUUAUUCUUGUGUGCCUUCUGUUUGUUUAUUUUUCAAUGUCAUGUACAGUUUUCGUCUGUUUGUAUAUGUAGAAGACCCAGUCGUAUCCCCUGUUUCUGGUGAUUCCUCUCUCUCUUCAGCUGGCCACUUUGUCUCUUUCUUGCCCCUUGAAAACAAACGACAAAAAAGAAGAAGAAAGGGAAACGUGUGAAUAACAUUUAUCAAAAAAAGAUACUUUAAUAAUUCGAUUAUCCAACAUUAUCCAAUCAAGUCGCACGUUUGCCUGUUUGCCUAAAGCUGGAAUACCCAAUAUUCAAUUAAAAAAUAACUAAGAAAUAACAAAACUCAUUUUUCUCCUUAUUUUUCUCCGCUGUAUCGUUUUCCAUUUGUGUGUCGAUUCCAUCGCCAUAUGCCCAACAUCUAUUUCGUCAAUUAACUUAUUAUGCCCCACACAUAAUCCCAUUUCCCCCGUUUUUUCUUUGGUUUAUCUGUGUUUGCGUUUGUUUCUUCUUCUCGGUUGAUCCACAUGUUUUUCUUCCGACACAUAUGUGCGGACAAUCGUCCAAUUCGCCAACAUUACAAAGAAAUACAAUUACAAAUUUACUUCUCUGCAGAGAAUCAGAAAAGAAA